AAGUGUAUUAGCAAACGGAAAACAAGAUGGAGGAUCAGAAAAACCCACCAACGACGGAGCAACAAGAGAAAGAAGUUAAAAACGACGACGUUGAGUCUAUCAAGAGCCCAUAUUUGGACUAUGAUAACUUGGAAGAUUACAAGAUGAAAGGUUACGGAGCACACGGCCACCAAGAACCUAAGCUUGGCAUGGGAGGUGGAGCCACCGAUGCUCCUACUCCUUCAGGGGGUCUUGGCCGCGGUGGAGGCGCUGCAUCGACGGAUCUUUCUUCUACCGGUGCGAUUAACCAUCAGGGAGUUCCGUGAAAAAACUUUAUUAUGGGUAUGUGGGAUCGUCAACAAACACAAAAAGUAGCUUAGCCAUGUCCAAUAACUGAUCUAGUUUCGU